GAGAAUAAGGGGCAACAUUUAUCUACAGCGGUGGAGCAAUUUUCAAAAUUUCCUGGAGGAAACCAACUGCAAUAAAAGCACAGGUACUACAAUGCAUACAAAGAGGACCAGUCUCUUACUUAUCACCCUGUGGGCUUUAUCCCAGGCUCGUCCUGCAUCCAGGCAUCAUGGCGCACAUCACAUGAGCUCUGAAGAACAUUGGGGUACCAUAGGUGAGAGGAACCUGAACUAUAUAGCUGAUUCUGCAGAUGUGAGCGAUGAAGACAGAGGAAGCAGGCAAAGCAAAAGUGAAGAACGUGUGAGCACCAGCCAUGAGAGUAGUGAAGGCAAUACCUAUCUCCGAAAGGUUUCCAGUGGUAGCCUUGAGAGCUACUUGGUAGAUGACCAUGACUGGAGCACCCGUGACAAUGAAGAUGAUAAUUAUUUCAGAGUCCACCAAAUGAUCCAUAGGAACUGGGCCGAUGAUGCUGAUUCUCAUGAACAUUCUGAUCUGAAACAAAUGAACAAGGACAGCUCUGAUGAUCAGACUAUUGACAGAAUUUCUUUGGAGGAUCAGAAUGAGAUUCAUCAAGACCAUCUUUACGGUGAUAUCACAAAAUCCAAAGAACUCUUCGAUGUUGAAAAUGAUGGCAUGCUUUAUACCCCUGAACAAGUCUUGUUCACCUUCACAGGGAACAGUGAAAGUGAUCUCACAAAUGAUGAAGAAAUCAGUGGUGAUGACUCUUUCAAUGAACACAAUGAAGAAGAUCUUGGCCAUACCGUACUUCCAAGUGAAGGAGGCAAUCCACAAACAGCUGUAGACAAUGGAGGCCAAGAAGAAGACAACGCUAUCAGCCGACACCCUCGUGACAGCAGCAGCAGUAGUAGCAGUAGUGAGAGCAGAAGUCUUGAUAAAGAGGACAAUCAUAUAGCUGAUUACCGCAGAAGACAUAGAGCAGACAGUUACAGCAGCAGCCAAGAAGACAGAUACUAUUUUGAUGAUGAAGGAAUGCAAGGGGAUGAUGCUACCUUCUUUGAGAGUCACGAUGCUGACUCUGACAUGCUCCAUGGGGAUUUUAAUUCAAAAGAAAGCAGCCAAGAAAGCAGUAGAGGGAAAGCCAAACAUCACAGCAAAACAAUAGAACGGUUUGCUCGGAAAGUAUACCAUUAUGUUGAUGCUGAUUCUGAAGAAGACCAGAGUCCUGAACAGGAGGAGAGCAAAUCUCAGCAAGAGGAUGAUGUUGUCUCUCAAGAAAGCAGCCAAUCUGUUGAGGAGACUAGUCAGUCAACAGAAAAUGUUCUCAGUAGAUCCGGGGAAGAUGCAAACAGUCAAUCCAAAGAGAUGGUAAAGGGUUCAUCCAGAGGCCAUAGUCACAGCCGGUCUAAAGAGACCUUUAAAAGCCAUUCCAGAGAAAAUGGGCACAGUCAUUCCAGAGAAGAUGACAGACACAGCCAAUCCAGAGAAGAUGACAGGCACAGCCAUUCCCAAGAAGAUGACAGGCACAGCCGAUCCCGAGAAGAUGACAGGCACAGCCGAUCCCGAGAAGAUGACAGGCACAGCCGGUCCAGAGAAGAUGGUAGACACAGUCGGUCCAGAGAAGAUGGUAGACACAGUCGGUCCAGAGAAGAUGGUAGACACAGUCGGUCUAGAGAAGAUGGUAGACACAGUCGGUCCAGAGAAGAUGGUAGACACAGUCGGUCUAGAGAAGAUGGUAGACACAGCCAGUCCCAGGAAUACAUUCAGAGCCAUUCCAGGGAAGAUGUCCACAGCCAUUCCAAGGAAGGCCAUAAGCACAGCCGGUCCAGGGAAGAGAAUAAGCAUAGUUGGUCUAGUGAGGAUAAGCAUAGCCAGUCCAGGGAAGAUGACCACCACAGCUGGUCCAGAGAAGAUGAUGCACACAGCCAAUCCAGAGAAACUAGUUUAGUUAGCCAAUCUAGAGAAGAUGAGAAUAGUCCAUCUAGAGAGGACGAUAACACAGUGUCUAUAGAAGACAUUAAAAGUGAGUCUACUGAAGACAGCAGGGGCUCCUAUAAAAAAGCUGUGAAAAAGUCUAAAGAGAUAAGUGAGAGAUCAGGUGAGCACAGCACUGGCAAAUCUAAGCAGCAGAGAAGUUACUCCGUUGAAGAUGUUUCCAAUAGGGCACCAAGAGGUAGUGAAUCCAGAGAGGUUAAGCGGGAACACAGCAGCUCAAGUGAGAAAAGUGUGUCUACAGAAGAGAGUGAAGAAUCUUCUGAGGACACAGAUGAAUCCCUCCAGACUGACAGCAGGUUGUCUCACAGUACCUCAUCUGAGAGCAGCAAAGCUUCCCAUGAAAGCACCAGUAGCGAAGACAGUGAUUCACAUGACAAGGAUCUCAAAUCAGCCGAAACCAGUGAAUCCACAGAAGAAGACAACAGUCAUUCAAUAGAAAGAGAUAGUCACUCUAGAGAGGACACAGCGAGUAUAGAAGAUGACAGUUGGUCGAGAAGCAUGGAGCUUGAAAGCCGAAAGUUAAUGUUCGAUAUUGAUCACAACAAACCAUUAAGUGAUUAUGAUGAUAAUGAUUGCCAGGAUGGAUAUUAAAUGUAUUAAAACUCAAUGCGAUAUUUGGAGAGCUCUUUAAAUGCAUGUAUUGUUUCAGCAGUAAAAUGAUAAAUAUUAUUUAUCAUGAAUAUUGCGAAUUAGAAACUAGAGUUGUCACCAAAUGCCACAUGGAAGAAUUGGAAUGGAAAAAUCAGUUUCAGUAAGGCUCAGCACACAUUUGUGUUGUCUGCAAAACUGAUAUAUAUUAAGAAAGACUGUUUUAAUAAAAGUGCAAACCAUCAGUGAGUUGUUCCCACCAUUAGCAGUGAAAUUUUACUAGGGUUUGUUACAUGUAUAUCUUUUGCACAGUGUUGUGGAUAAAUGUCUUGUAUUAACAAGAACAAAAAGUCUAUGGAUAUGUAGGCUGUCACUGAUGUAGCUGAAGACUUUCUUUAGGUAUUAAAAGCAAGGGAGGAGCAAUUGUGGUCUUUCAGAAAUUGUUGGACUGCGACAUCCAUCAUCCCUCACUGCUGAUUAGGUUGGUUACAGCAGAUGACAGCUCAGCAAUUUCUGGAGAAUGACUCCUGAGUUAAGAGACCUUCCUCUUCCCUACAAAUCCUCUACACUCUAAACCAGUGGUUCUCAACCUGUGGGUCCCCAGGUAUUUUGGUCUACAACUCCCAGAAAUCCCAGCCAGUUUACCAGUUGUUAGGAUUUCUGGGAGUUAAAGGCCAAAACAUCUGGGGACCCACAGCUUGAGAACCACUGCUCUAACCAUACCUUAUUUUGUGUUGUCUCAAUUUAAGAAACAGUUCAUUAGGCUAGAAAGAUGCAUAAAGACAUUUUCUGUUCCACCAUUGAGAAAUGCCUAUGAAAUUAAUAUUCAUGUGUUCCUUUGUGAUAUUAUCCCUAGACAUCAAUUGAUGCCUGUGACAUGAUGAAAAGCCAUAUAUUUCUUCCUCUCCCUUUUACAUGUGCUGUUUUUAUAUGAAAGAAGACAUGAUUCAUCUACAUUUUGUCCUUUUCAGGCACCCCAUCUACAUUGCCAUAUAAUGCAGUUUCAUAAUACAGUUUAACUUGAACUGCAUUAUAUGGCAGCAUUAUAUGGCUCAGGGUGAAUCUUUUCCUUUAGUAUAGCAUGGUUGCUUCUUUAGCCAUUUUAAAAAGGUGAAUGCACACAAAUUCUCCUUUCCCCAUGCCAUAUAACUAAACAAUUUUGUUGUUGGUGAUGUCUUGAAGGUACGCUUGAAUGUUUUGUUCAUUUUAGAGGAGGAGGGUAAGAGAAAGAGAUGGAAGCAGGUUUUCUCUUGCAGAAAGGUUUUCCUCUUCUGGUUCCACAUUCCCUGCCUCUGCCUCAGGAAUGUUGGAAUAAUUUAAUUUCCGUCCCAAGGUUUGACUAGUUUGGCUUCAUCUGCACUUUCCAGACUGUCCACAUGGUGGAAUUCAUGUUCUGAUGAUGGAAAAGACUGUGCAUAUUUGAAAAGUAUGCAAAGACACAUAGAUGUAUUUCAAAUGAAUGCAAAACAUGCUUUGGACAAUGUAUUUAAGCAAUGUGCACAGUCUCAAAAAUGUGACAAAAAGAUACCAAUUGGGUGAAGAGGGAAAAGAAAAGGGUGGAUCCGAUUUGCUGUGAACCAAAGGAACCAGGCACUGGCCAGCCAUGGUGGUAGGGAAGAGAAGAUAUCUAUACAUGUAGACUCUAUAGGCUACAUAUGUAAUACCUCAAAAUAAGUAACACACUACAUAUACAGGCUCAAUGCUUGAGAAACAGGAGGACUGUUGGAAGGCAGCACCAAUGCACAUAUGUGUGAGAAUUCAGAUUAAACGCAUUGACUAUCUACUGAAUUAAAAACAAAGAAGGUAUUGAUCAUAUGCUAAAUGCCUAUUCAUUUAGAGGUAUUAAUAAUAUUGGAUGUACUUUUUGUAAUAUAUGUAUAGUUAUACUGGGAAAUAUUGUGUUUUUAAUCCUUUUUUGAUACCAGUGAUCUUAAGUUAAAAGAAAAUGAAUUUCUCUGCAUUUCCUAAUAAAGAUGUUUAUAUGCCACA